GUUUAGUGACCGUUAUUUUUUUUUUUUUAGCUCGUUUCAAUCGAGUGAUAACAACUUGUUUUGCUAUUACAUUUUCGUUUAUUAACAUUUUGAAAAAUGAGCAAAAUACCAGCCGUGGGUAUAGAUUUGGGUACCACUUACUCGUGUGUGGGUGUGUGGCAGCAUGGAAAAGUGGAAAUUAUCGCCAAUGACCAGGGAAAUCGGACGACACCUAGCUACGUGGCGUUUACAGACUCAGAAAGGCUGAUCGGAGAUGCCGCUAAGAGUCAGGUGGCCAUGAAUCCACGGAAUACAGUUUUCGAUGCCAAACGUUUAGUAGGUCGUAAAUUCGACGAUCCAAAAAUACAAGAGGAUAUAAAACAUUGGUCGUUCGAAGUGGUUAAUGAGGGUAGUUUACCUAAAAUAGCCGUUGAAUAUAAAGGUGAGAGGAAAAUAUUUGCUCCUGAAGAAAUAAGUUCAAUGGUGCUUACAAAAAUGAAAGAAAUCGCUGAAGUUUACCUGGGCGGGAAGGUCACUGACGCUGUAGUCACUGUACCGGCGUACUUCAACGAUUCCCAAAGACAAGCCACUAAAGACGCUGGAGCCAUUGCUGGACUUAACGUGUUACGGAUAAUCAAUGAACCCACGGCUGCAGCCUUGGCGUAUGGUCUCGACAAGAACCUUAAGGGAGAGAAGAACGUGCUGAUAUUCGAUUUGGGCGGUGGUACGUUCGACGUGUCGAUUUUAGCCAUCGACGAGGGUUCGUUGUUCGAAGUAAAGUCGACGGCCGGCGACACGCAUUUGGGCGGCGAAGACUUUGACAACAGAUUGGUGACGCAUUUCGUCGAGGAGUUCAAGAGGAAAUGCAAAAAAGACAUCAGCGGCAACACAAGAGCUCUCCGACGACUGCGAACGGCCUGCGAAAGGGCCAAACGGACGUUGUCGUCGAGCACCGAAGCGUCUCUCGAGAUCGACGCCUUGCACGACGGUGUUGAUUUUUAUUCGAAAAUCACCCGGGCUCGAUUCGAAGAAAUGUGCAUGGAUUUGUUCCGGUCCACACUUUCUCCUGUUGAAAAAGCACUGGCUGACGCGAAAAUGGACAAGAGCAGUAUACACGAUGUAGUACUCGUUGGGGGUUCGACUAGGAUACCAAAAAUACAGAAAAUGUUACAGGACUUCUUUUGUGGUAAAUCUCUAAACCUGUCCAUCAAUCCUGACGAGGCAGUGGCUUACGGAGCUGCUGUUCAAGCUGCUAUUCUCAGCGGCGAUACCAGUUCAGCCAUUCAAGAUGUACUCUUAGUCGAUGUCACUCCCCUGUCACUCGGUAUUGAGACAGCAGGUGGCGUAAUGACCAAACUUGUGGAACGCAAUUCUCGCAUACCGUGUAAACAACAACAGACAUUUACUACAUAUUCCGACAAUCAAGCGGCUGUCACGAUCCAGGUAUUUGAAGGUGAACGAGCAAUGACUAAGGACAACAAUUUGUUGGGUACAUUUAACUUGACAGGAAUCCCUCCUGCACCACGUGGUGUCCCAAAAAUCGAAGUAACGUUCGAUUUGGACGCCAAUGGUAUUCUCAAUGUAUCUGCAAAAGAAAUCAGCACGGGUAAAUCCGAAAGGAUUACUAUAAAGAACGAUAAAGGACGGUUGUCCAAAGAAGAUAUUGACAAAAUGUUGAAGGAAGCGGAGAUGUAUAGGCAAGAGGACGAAAAACAGAAGGAACGCGUUAGUGCCAGAAACCAAUUAGAGAGCUAUGCGUUUAGUGUAAAACAAGCGAUCGAAGAAGCUGGCUCAAAACUAUCAGAGACGGACAAGAAAUCGGCAUUAGAAAGUUGUAAAGCGGUAAUCGCGUGGUUGGAAACAAAUACAUUAGCCGAUAAAGACGAGUUUGAAGAUAAAUUGAAAACCCUGCAAAAAGAGUGUUCGCCAAUCAUGACCAAACUACAUCAAGCUGGUGCAAAAGGACCAAAUGUCGAAGAAGUUGAUUAAAUCAUUUAAAUUCUACCUACUUGAAGUGUAUUUAAUCUUUAAUGUGAAUUAUAUGCAAUAUUGAAACAUUUAA